UUACAUCCAAAGACAUUUGCAAAUUUGCAGUAUUUAAAAACGCUCGAUUUAAGUAACAACAAACUUGAAGAGUUUCCACAAAUCUCAAAUAAAAUAGAAGUCAAUGUUUUAUAUAUUAAUCACAAUAACAUAAAGAAAAUAAUCUCAUACAAUUUUGUGCAAAUGCCGAAAUUGACGAAAUUGUUAAUGGGAAAGAAUCAAAUUGAUGAGAUCCAUGUUGAUGCAUUCGUCUCUCUUUCUAUCUUAGAAGAAUUAGAUCUGUCGACGAAUAUGUUAAGUUCUUUGCCGGAAGGAUGGGCCGAAUCCCUUGUAUCUCUCAAAUAUUUGAAUUUGAGUAAUAAUAAAUUUACUUCAUUGGAGUAUUUGUCGCUAACCAGUGCGUUGCCGAUAAUGGAAAUAUAUUUAAUGAUGAAUCCAUUAGAAUAUCUGAAUGUAAGAUAUUUUGAAGAUUUACCGCAAAAUCUUACUAUCCACUUAAUAAACUAGUCAGUUUAUAAAAGUUUCGGAUAUUGAUAUGAGCAACGAAUGAAAAGGAAUUCUGAAUGAUUAAAAUUUUAAUUCUGUAUACAUAAAAAAUGUUGUAUUGUAAAAAAUGUUUAUGUAUUGGAAAUAAUAGAUAUGUAAUUAAGACAUAGAAUUUUAAAUAAUAGUGUAAGAUUUUUCUAUAUGCAACUGAAAUUAAAUUAUCAACUUAAGCAGUUUAUGAACUUUUAUAUAAUAAUGAAUUAAUAAUGAAUUAUUCGACUUUUGAAUAAUUAUCAUAUUUGUACUUACUAAUUACAUUGUGAGAUUUUUAACUAUAUCAUACAUAUAAUAUGGAAAUGUUAUAGGAUAUAUCAUAUGUUAUAGAAUAUAUAAUAAAUGAGAACAGUUUAAAAAA